AGCCACCUUAGCUUUAGGUGUAUUUUAAAGUACAACACCUUCACUCUGGGGUCCUAUCAGCAGCGUCCACAGUGGUGUCCGCCUUCAGGUUACGGUGACCUAAAUUUUAUUCGCGACAGUGAUUGGAUGUUUUGUAGCUAGUCGUGCCUAAUUCUACUGAAGCUGUGGAAUCUUUGCAUUGAUAUGUGACAGUCCUGGGCGGUGUAUUGCACUAUCUACGGAGUAAAACACAAGACAGUCCAAAUGGUGGUGAUUCUGGCUUAUUGGGAUAUUCGUGGGCUGGCCCAACCAAUCCGUCUACUUUUGGAAUAUACCGGGACAGCCUAUGAGAAUAAACUUUAUAGUUGUGGAAAAGCCCUGUCUGCUGUCCCAUGGGCCUUUUACGCAGCAGAUACACUGGGAGCUCCAAAUUAUGACAAAAGCUGCUGGCUUGAUGAGAAAGAGAAGCUGGGCUUGGAUUUUCCCAAUCUUCCGUACCUGAUGGAUGGAGAGAACAAACUUACCCAGAGCAAUGCAAUUAUGAGGUACAUCGCUCGGAAGCACAACCUGUGUGGCGACACUGAAAAGGAAAAGAUGCGAGUGGAUAUUCUUGAGAGCCAAGUUGUGGACUUCAGGCAUCGCUUUACAAUGACAUGCUACAAUCCUGAUUUUGAGAAGCUUAAAUCUGGUUACCUAGAGAAUCUUCCUGUUGAACUGGAGAGGUUUUCAAAAUUCCUUGGAGGCAGGAAGUGGUUUGCUGGUGGUAAGAUCACCUUUGUUGAUUUUAUGAUGUACGAAAUUUUGGACCAACAUCGUAUGUUUGAGCCAAAGUGCCUUGAUAACUACAAAAAUCUCAAGGAUUUUUUAGACCACUUUGAGAGUCAAGAAAAGAUUGCAUCAUUCUUGAAGUCUGACCGUUUUAUGAAAACACCAGUGAACAGCAAGAUGGCCAAAUGGGGUAACAAGAAAGAAUAAAGCGUGAAUAGAGAGUCCUGUGAAGCACUGGCAGUACAGUACUGCUCUUUCUUAGAUGUACCACGUGUGGACUGGUGACUUAUUUCACGGACACUGUGAUAUACUAAAACACUGUAUUAAAUAUAAAGCUCGUUAUUGAGAUAAAUGAGCACUUAAUGUACUUGAAGUACAAACCAAAAGCACUAUUUGCUUACAGCUCUUGUCUUUUUUUCAGUAAAUAAAAUUCACUUUGGAUUUUGA